AUGUCGAAGGGGAAGAGAUCGUACUACCUUUUUAUCUACUCUCUCUUAAUCCUCCUCUUCUCGGCCUCUAAGGUGGCAUGUGAUUGCACUUGCGACCAUGAAGAAAUAACUAAAGAUCAAAAAUCGGACACGUUGAAAUAUAAACUUGGGGCAAUUUUCACCAUUUUGGUGGCAAGCGCCCUAGGAGUUUCUCUUCCUAUAGUUGGAAAAAAAAUUCCCGCCUUACACCCUAAUAGCAAUUUAUUCUUCCUUAUCAAGUCAUUCGCGGCAGGUGUGAUUUUAUCCACAGGAUUUAUCCACAUACUCCCUGAUGCUUUUGACGAUCUUACAAACCCUUGUCUUAAGGAAAACCCUUGGGGAAACUAUCCCUUCACCGGGUUAUUCGCUAUGUUAGGGGGCAUUGGAAGUUUAGCGAUUGAUUCUUUUGCCACCGGUUACUACCGUAGGGUACACGAGUCAGGAAAGUCUUUAUCACCCACAAGUGUUAAUGAUGAGGAGAUCGUUGGUGGCCAGGCCGGCCACGCCCACGUUCAUGGUCAUGGUCAUGGUCAUGGUCAUGGUCAUGGUCCGGUUGCUAUCCCUCAAGGGUUGAAUCAAUUGGAUCGUAUUAGAUAUAAGGUUACUUCACAGGUACAUAUUUUCACGUACUUAUAGUUAU